GUACCGGUGCGCCAAAAUCCAGAAAGCGCUCGUUCGCCAUGCAGGUUUAAUUACAGGUAUGCGGUGGUGUCACCUAAAAGUAAAAACAAGCGCUCAGGCUAUCCCACGAAGUCAACGUGUCAUCUAACUCCAGCCCUGAAGUCAGUUGGCUAGACACCGGCGCUGUGGUUAUUUCGGUCAAUUCCGGAAGAGAAACUUGACCCGUCGUACUCGAGUGGCCAGCCCUGCGUCUGUGCGCCGAUCCCGGUGUCUGACCUUUAAAACGCUGGCAUGUUUUUUUUCCCCCCCUGAGGGAGACAAACAAGCGCAUGUGAUCUGGAAAACUGAUCCUUAUAGGCGCUUCGUAGCGGCUUCCCACAAACUGUUUAAUCGAGGCAAACAGACGAUCGUGUGCGUGUUCAAGGCAUUUCAGUCCUGUGGGAUUUCAGUGCGUCUUUCUUCCUAGACUGUUUUGUUUUCGAUACAUGAAAAUCAGCCGCCUUCUGCAGCCAUGGGAAACGGAAUGAGCAAGGUUGUGGAUGGGCUGUAUCUUGGGAAUAUAAGAGACUCUGAGGAUCGAGAAAGCUUGGCCACACAUGGGAUCACACAUAUCCUGUCCGUUUACAACAAUGCCAAACCUGUGAUGGAGGACAUGACCUACCUUUGUAUACAGGCAGCAGAUUCUUCCAAUCAAAACUUGAUCCAGCAUUUCAAGGAAUGCAUAAGCUUUAUCCAUGAGUGCCGACUGAGUGGAGGUUCCUGUCUCGUUCACUGCCUGGCUGGAGUGUCCCGCAGCACCACUGUGGUGGUGGCCUACCUCAUGACUGUGACCAGCUACAGCUGGGAGGAGUGCCUCUCCGCGGUGAAGGCUGUCCGCUCCUUCGUCGGGCCCAACUUCGGCUUUCAGCAGCAGCUGCAAGAAUUCCAGAUGACCCUCGUCCCCGAGUUCCGCAGCUGGCUGAGGGCGAAGUACAGCCACAGUCCUUCAGACGACCAGGAGGGGGUGCGCAAGCUCCUGGGGCUGUACGAGGAGCAGCAGCAGCAGCAGAGACAGAGAAACGGGGAGCAGAGUUGGAUGAACCAGGCCGCCAGUGUCUACCCUCUGCCUUACAACGCCUACAGGCGCAGUGGCCACAGGUGGGUCGAUGGAUAGGUGCCGCUCGGCGUGCUGGGGAACCCGAGGCAGUGCGGCAGCGUCUCGUCCACUCUCGAGUCCCGCCGCCCGUGUCAGAGGGCCGGCCAGCUGCGCGCUUUACAGAAUGUGUGGGUCAUGUUUGUAGCGUGUAUUGUGUGGCUUAGAUUGGUCACUCCUACGGUCCGCUUCCUGGUAGUAUUUUUGACUUGGUAAAAAGCUGCUGUGGUUAUAAUUAAUGCAAAGGACCACAACAUUCAUUUUCUGAGAAGGCUCAGCGUACAGUUAAACAUGUCCCGGUUGUCCGACACUCUCACAUUAGAAAGAUGCUGUGCUUGAUGAAACGAUCAUUACAGAAAGUCAGUCGUAUCGCUUGAUAUACCGCGAGUACAGGCAGCGAUGCACCUGUCUCUUUUUGAGGAGCUUCUUGCAUGGAUGAAAAUGAAAAUGGAAGAUAAUCCAGCAGCUAGCAAUGCCAUUGCUAUAAAAUACUUCUUGUGAAAAAAUAUAAGCAGAUAGCAGAGUAAAGCAAUAUUUAGUGUGCUUAGAUUAAUGUUUAGCAGCAAUAUCAAUUUGCAUGGUUAUUUUAGUGCAUCCUUUUUUUUUGUUUCUUUGUUUUGUUUUUGCCAUCACAGAAAUAAAGCUGUCACUGUCAGGGAGCUAAACCACAGCAUAGUUGUGGUUCAAACCCACCCAGCUGCACUGUACUGAAUUCAAGUGUCUGAGCAGCAAAGGCAAGAAUAAUUUGUAAAAUGGGAAAAAAGUACAGACUUAAGCUUUUGUGCCACAAUUGUGCUGUUUGAUUACAAAGCUGAGUGAUGAUGAUCAUGACGAGUGAUUUAGCUGACAACUUUAUUAAUAAAGCUUAGGCUUAGUUGUCCAUUAUAGGGAACUGAAUAAAGAUUGAGAGCCUGCUAGUGUGUUUCAUGUAACAUUUGUUGACAUUAAGUGUAGUCUGACUCAUGAACAGGAGCACGCAGACUCUGUAGGUAGUCUGGGGAAGAAGGGAUCUUUCUGGGGGGAAGUGUGGAGGGUGUCGUGUAAUAUGUGGAACCACAGUCGUUUGAAACAAAAUGAAUCAGCUUAAAAAAAACUCAUUACACGGACAGGUUCUGCAGCCCGAUUCUCCCUCCUCCCCAACACGCUCAUCUGUUACAGAUUAAUUCUUUUGCUAACACAAUUAUAAACACAAUUCACAAUUAUGAAGGCCCAGAAUCUAUAAUUUAGUUGCAGCUGUUUUUUUAACGAUCAGUUAAACACUAGUAAAACCGUGAGAGGAGAAAGUCACGGCAGUCAUCGUUGUUGCCCGGUACUGAAAGCUCUUGUUCUCCCUCUUGUUGAAGUUCUUGGGUGGUACUCCAAUAUGGUGCUGUGACAUUGGCGUGUUUUCAUAAAGUACCCACAGCAGACCUUUUUUCUCAUACUCUUAUCAUGGUCUUUCCUCUCUGCUCAGCUCUACACCUCCAGGGCUCAUUGAUAGUUUUCCGUCUGGGCAAUAUCUGUAAAUCCGCUUUCAGAUCUUUAAAGGUCAGAUGACGUUUAUCGCUAUCGACACUACACCGAUUUCUGAGUUUCAGAACUGCCCUCAUUCAGUGUUUUGCCUGAAACAGUUCUCCAGACCGUUACAGAGAAGCAGGUUGCACACAGUUUGUGAAUGAAGGAAUCGGAGCUUUUCGGGAGAAAAGCCUGAAACGGAACAUGAUGUGCGAGAUGACAAGUCUCCCUGCAAGAGGAGUAACCGAGAAGGUUUUGUCUCUGAUGUAGCUCUUUAGCGGCUCUUGAUCCUGACACUGACUGGGUCCGCAUAUAGAAGUUGCAACAACAGCCUGGAAUUGGUUUGUAGGAUGCGGUGUGACAGCUUACAGUGAAUAAUCUUAAAACGAACUUGACGAACAGGUUGCAGAAUCCUGUCCCAGUGAUGACUGUUUUUUACACCAUUUUUAUUAAUGGGAGUGAGUGGGUGUUUUUUCACAACAUUGGAGUUUAAACAUACUGUACUUAUGUAAAUUAACAAUAUUGAGUAUUAUAUCAGUGUUCCCGCCCCAAAUAUAAGAAAACGAAAAUGACAAUGAACCUGAUUAAAUGUUAGAAGUGAACAGCGUGGGUGAUAAAUACAGGGUGGGUAGUGGCCCAUAUUACAGGUUUGUUGUGUUCAGAUCUGAAACUACAGUACAGUCGAACCUAAGUGAGUUAGUUUAAAACAUGUCUUACAACAGGUUCUAGAAUCCUGAUGACUGGAGCACUCAAACUCGCAAACAGGCCUCUUACGAAGCAUUGGAAUCUGAAACGGAAAGGAAGUCUGAAUUCAAAACAACUUUAUGCAUUGUUUUAGACGCUCCAGUGUGAAUGUUGUAAGUGGAUUCUUUUACAAAACGUAAAACAACCUGUAACUGUCCUGACACCUUGAAGGUGGUAGGAGUAUUCACUGAUCUUCUCCGCACUGGUGCUCUGGGGCAGCUGCAGUCACACACUAAGGUCGGGUCUCGUUUUGUUUUUGUACAGUAUGUCACAGUGGCUGUGCUCAGUCACUCAUGCGUGUACACAGUUUUUAUCACUUGAAGAGGAAGUACAAAAGGUUUUAAAUUCGUUGGAUUCUCAGUAGAAAUUCUUAAGAACUUUUUUUUUCUGUAGAAGCAGCUGGGAAAGGAGUUGUCUUGUAUUUAGUUUUUACUACUAUUUACGUCCAUGAAAUAAGUGCAUUAGUUCUUGUUCUGAGGACAGUGUUCAUUCUUCACUUUUUAAUUGCAGACUUGGGUAAUGAAGUACUUCUAUUUAGAAACAAAUUUCUAUUUCUUAGCCCAGGUAUUAAAUUAUCUUGAAUUUAAUUAAAAUUCGUAUAGGAAUCGGACUGAAAUGUAGGUAAUGUUGGAAGGUAGUCUGCAGCAGAGACAAAAAACAUCUGUCAGUUAUUUGCACAGAGGACAGCCUUUAUUAUCUUUAGCUUUGCAGUUAUAAAUUCUGAAUCACUUCAACAUGAUGAUUGUUAUACCUUAAAAUAAGUUUAAAAUAGAUUUAAAAAGUUUUAAAUUUAUUUUCAAUGGUGUUGGUAAUAAGAAGCUCAGAAAAUGAAAAAGUAUAAAUGAAUGUUCAUUGGAUGAUAGUAGGAGAUGUUGAUGUUGAAAUGUAGUUCUAGGAUGUUCAAUUUAUGGGAUGCUUUGAAAUGUUCUGUAAAUCUUAAGGUAUUGAAAUGUAAAUAAACUAUGGGUUUGAGGGUUC